AUGUCAAGUGACAGUCCAGACGCAAUGACCAACUUUGACGAUAGCAAGGCGUACGCCGCCCAGGAAGAGGUCUUCUUCGACGACGGUCGUGAGAUUGAGCUGCUGCACUUUGUGUACAGCAGACCCAACAUUGACGAGAUACGGGGGUCGCCUGAAAAGGUCCUUGCUGCCAUUGACGAGUAUGGACGGACAAGGAAGUAUCUCAUGAACGUUGGCGAGGACAAGGGCCGGAUUGUGACGGAUCUGAUCAAAGAGGUGAAACCAAAGAUCAUGAUCGAGCUGGGAGGCUACGUUGGCUACUCUGCCGUCCUCUUUGGCGCGGCGGUGCGUGAUGCUGGUGGGAAGACGUACUACUCCCUCGAGCGCAACCCCGAGUUCGCCGCCGUCAUCUUGUCCCUCGUCGACCUCGCCGGACUCAGCGACGUGGUCAAGGUCGUCGUCGGGUCGAGCGACCAAGGCAUCCGCCGCCUCGCGCAGCAGGGCCUCGACAAGGUCGACCUCAUGUUCAUCGACCACUACAAGCCCGCCUACCUGCCGGACCUCAAGCUGUGCGAGGAGCUGGGCAUCAUCCAGCAGGGCACCGUGCUCGCGGCGGACAAUGUCAUCAAGCCAGGCAACCCGCCCUACCUGGAGUACGUGCGCAGUCCUGUCGAGAAGAAGAAGCAGGAGUUCUUGGCGUCGACCUCGUCCAGCGGGCUGGGCACGGAGGACUUUGACGAUCGGUACUCGCAGCAGUACGAGAAGACGCAUGGGGCCGAGAGGCUGGACACGAUGAUCAAGGGCGACCCGAGGCUGGUGUACAGCAGCGAGCUGAUCAAGAGCUUUGAGCCGACGGGCGUGCCGGAUGGCAUUGAAGUGACGAGAUGCAAGGGCAAGGAGGGUUAA